GCAGGUGGAGGAAACCUGAAAUACAGACUCAUACUGCUUCAUUUCCUGGAAUAAACAAACUCCUCCUUUCUCUCCAGCACAGAGUUCAGCUCUGACAGUUUAUUUCCUGGUUCCUCCUCUUUCACUGAUCUGACAGUUUAGGGAUCGGUGUAAUCUCUGGGCUGCAAACAGAGAGCUGACAAGUCAAACUACUGAAGAUCAGUGUGUGAAAGUCAAAGAAGAGAAACUUGGGUUCAGCUUCUGUGACUGUAGGAAGAAGUCAAUCUGAUGAAACGCUGGUUCGUGUCGAUCUGUAAAAUAUAGCAGCGAAGAAAUAAGAUGAAUUCAGAAAAAAUCUCUUGUUGCAUCUGUCUGGAUCUAGUGAAGGAUCCGGUGACUAUUCCCUGUGGACACAGCUACUGUAUGGACUGUAUUAAAACCCACUGGGAUGAAGAGGAUCAGAAGGGAAUCCACAGCUGUCCUCAGUGCAGGAAAGUGUUCAUACCGAGGCCUGUCCUGGAGAAAAAUAUCCUGUUAGCAGAGUUAGUGGAGGAGCUGAAGAAGACUGGACUCCAAGCUGCUCCAGCUGAUCACUGCUAUGCUGGACCUGAAGAUGUGGCCUGUGAUGUCUGCACUGGGAGGAAGCUGAAAGCCAUCAAGUCCUGUCUUGUCUGUCGAGCCUCUUACUGUGAGAAACAUCUCCAACCUCAUUAUGAAGCUCCAACAUUUGAAAAACACAAGUUAGUCAAUACUUGUAGAUACUUCAAGAGCCUGAAACAGAGCAUCUGUUCUCGUCAUGAUGAGGUGAUGAAGAUUUUCUGUCGUACUGAUCAGCAGAGUAUCUGUUAUCUCUGCUUAAUGGAUGAACAUAAAGGUCAUGAAACAGUUCCAGCUGCAGCAGAAAGAGCUGAGAAGCAGAAGGAGCUGGAGGUGAGUCGACAACAAAUCCAGCAGAGAAUCCAGGACGGAGAGAAAGAUGUGAAGCUGCUUCAACAGGAGGUGGAGGCCAUCAAUGGCUCCGCUGAUAAAGCAGUGGAGGACAGUGAGAAGAUCUUCACUGAGCUGAUCCGUCUCAUCCAGAAAAGAAGUUCUGAUGUGAAGCAGCAGAUCAGAUCCCAGCAGGAAACUGAAGUGAGUCGAGUCAAAGAGCUUCAGGAGAAGCUGGAGCAGGAGAUCACUGAGCUGAAGAGGAAAGACGGCGAGCUGGAGCAGCUCUCACACACAGAGGAUCACAACCAGUUUCUACACAACUACCCCUCACUGUCAGCACUCAGUGAGUCUACACACUCAUCCAGAAUCAAUAUUCGUCCUCUCAGAUACUUUGAGGAUGUGACAGCAGCUGUGUCAGAGACCAGAGAUAAACUACAGGACAUCCUGACAGAGAAAUGGACAAACAUCUCACUGGCAGUCACUGAUGUGGAUGUUUUACUGCCUGAACCAGAACCAAAGAGCAGAGAUGGAUUCCUAAAAUAUUCAACAGAAAUCACACUGGAUCCAAACACAGCAAACACACAUCUGUUAUUAUCUGAGGGAAACAGAAAAGUAACAAAAAUGAAUCAACAACAGUUUUAUUCUAGUCAUCCAGACAGAUUCAUUGAUUGGCGUCAGGUCCUGAGCAGAGAGAGUCUGACUGGACGUUGUUACUGGGAGGUGAAGUGGAGAGGAAGAGGAGUUUAUGUAGCAGUCGCCUACAAGAACAUCAGCAGAUCAGGAAACUCAGAUGAAUGUGCUUUUGGAUGGAACAACAAAUCUUGGUCAUUAUGUUGUGAAACAAACAGUUACACAUUUUAUCACAACAAAGUCCAAAUUGAUGUGUCAGGUCGUCCUUCCUCCAGAAUAGGAGUGUAUCUGGACCACAGAGCAGGUAUUCUGUCUUUCUACAGCGUCUCUGAAACCAUGACUCUCCUCCACAGAGUCCAGACCACAUUCACUCAGCCGCUCUAUGCUGGACUCUGGUUAGGAUCAGAAACCACUGCUGAGUUCAUUAAAUAGAGAAACUACUGCAGCUUCAGGCAGGUUGUGUUUAGACAUGAUGGAUUUUCUUCUGUUUGCUUUAAUUUUCUUCAAAGAGCCGUAACAUCUUAAAUAUUGUAAAGUUUAUUAAAUGCCUGAAACCCAAAUGUGUUUUGUAAAAACUCUUUUAAUGAACUUCAUGUCAGACCCAAAAGUUUAAAACAAAGAGUUAAAAUAAAGAACUGGCCUCACUUCUCCAGUAACUUUGGGGUGGACUGAAUGUUAAGAUAAAAUACAUCUUCCUUCAUUAAAUGUCAAAGAAUUACAUCAGUUUAAUCAAUUAAUAGAACUUUACAUGUUUAGUUAUGAAUAUUUGAUCAAUCUUGUUGUCUUUAUUUCUUAUUUUUCGUCGAUUUGAUUGAUAAUUAUUGGCUAAUUAAAAUGCUGCAGUGAUGAGUUUGUUAAAUGCUCAGAGUUUGAAGUCUUUUCAGUUCUUUGAGACAUUUUUACAGCUGCUCAACUAUGAAAAUUUAUUGGGUUUUCAUAUUUGAUCUGAAACUCAAAUUUGUGGCUGUGUGAAAUAUUCUAAUAAAAUCUUUUUUUUUAAUUCUUAUGAUCAUAAUGGACAUAACUUCUAAAUCUUACUAAUGAAAAUGCAAAACAAGUUGUUUUCUGCAGCUGUUGUAAAGGACUCACAUCUGCUGGAUUGGGAUUAAAAUGUGUUUUUAAAAGGAGCAAACUUAAAGCUGUUAGAAUAAUACAGCGGCAAAUAUUCACACAUGUGGAUGGUUGUACAAACUUUAUUUGCACACAGUGAACAAAUCGGAGCUGCUGCUCCAGGAUUCUUCCUUCUCCUCCAGGACCUCAGCACACCUCUGCAGGUAAAGACAGAGUGAUUACCGGUGUUUGUCCACCACCACGUAUGGUUGAAAUAAGUGUCAGUUUUUUCGCAGUAAAU